AUGGAGCAAAGAAAGCUCCUUCAACAUGGGCAGACCAAGCCCAAGCUCACCAUCCACGGUGACCUGUACUACGAGGGGAAGGAGUUUGAGACAAGCCUGAAGGAGAAGAAGCCAGGAGAUCUGUCUGAUGAGCUCAGGAUUUCCUUGGGGAUGCCUGUCGGACCAAAUGCCCACAAGGUCCCGCCCCCUUGGCUGAUCGCCAUGCAGAGAUACGGGCCGCCCCCCUCAUACCCCAACCUGAAAAUCUCGGGGCUGAACUCGCCCAUCCCUGAGAGCUGUUCCUUUGGGUAUCACGCCUGUGGCUGGGGAAAAUCCCCUGUUGAUGAGACCAGGAAACCACUCUACGGGGAUGUGUUUGGAACCAAUGCAGCUGAAUUUCAGACCAAGACCGAGGAAGAAGAGAUCGAUCGGACCCCUUGGGGGGAGCUGGAGCCGUCAGACGAGGAAUCUUCAGAGGAAGAAGAGGAGGAAGAGAGCGACGAACAUAAGCCUGAUGAGACUGGCUUUAUUACCCCCGCAGACAGUGGCCUCAUCACUCCAGGAGGCUUCUCGUCAGUGCCAGCGGGGAUGGAGACUCCGGAGCUCAUCGAGCUGAGGAAGAAGAUUGAGGAGGCCAUGGAUGGAAGCGAGACACCCCAGUUGUUCACCAUUUUGCCAGAGAAGAGGACGGCCUCUGUCGGGGGAGCCAUGAUGGGGUCCACCCACAUUUAUGACAUGUCCACGGUUAUGAGCCGGAAGGGGCCAGCUCCUGAGCUGCAAGGAGUGGAAGUGGCCCUGGCCCCCGAGGAGUUGGAGCUGGACCCCAUGGCCAUGACCCAAAAGUACUAGGAGCACGUUCGCGAGCAACAGGCGCAGGUGGAGAAGGAAGAUUUCAGCGACAUGGUGGCGGAGCAUGCGGCCAAGCAGAAGCAGAAGAAGCGGAAAGCACAGCCCCAGGACAGCCGUGAGGGCAGCAAGAAAUACAAAGAAUUCAAAUUUUAGGUUCCCCUCUCGCACUUGGCCCUCUGUUAGGCCCUGGGCGAUGACUGGGCUUCACACAGGGGCGCCCCAGAGUCUACUCCC